AUGGAGUUUGCCGCGGUCACGACGGCCAGCGAGGUGGGGGGGGGGGCGACACGGAAGGGCAGCGCGGCUGCUGCGGUCCGGCUGAAAGACGCCCGGAGCAGCAGACCACGGCGCAGGGAAGGCGCGAGCCACGACGGGGCAGCACAGCGGGACCGCGGGGCAGCAACUGGCAACGGCGGCCAGGUACCGCGGCCGAGACGGUGGUCGAGCAGGCGCAUGAGGGAGACGGCGCCUAGAAGCCGCAGGCCCGGCGUGGACCCGAGGACCUCGGGCGUGCUCGCGCGCGGCAUGGCACAGCCAUGGCGUGCAGCAGCAUGCAGAGGAGGCGUGGGGCUACGGUGGUGCGGCUGCGGGCGCACGGCAACGGACGAGCAGUGUGCACUCGCAGGGAAGGAAGAAGGAGGGGCGUGGGCGGUUGCUCGCGCGAGACGGAGCUUGAACGGCGGCCCAAGGGGCGAGCGGGAGGGAUGGCGCUGCUGGCACAAGCGGGGAAGGGAUGAGCGGCGCUGUACGGCGGGCGUGGAGCACUACGUGGUGCUGCGGCAGCGGGAUACCUGUGCUCGCGCGGCGUGGGAACGGAUGUCCGGAGCAGCGGGCAACGGCAUGGCAGCCGGCACGCGGGCGCUGCGGCUCGGCGCGGCCAUGGCAUGGACGAGAAGGGCGAGCAAGGCUGCGCGUGCGCCCGCGUGGGGAAAAAGCCGAGGGAGCCAGCGAGCGGGGCCUCAGGGUCAAGCGCUCUGGCACGCGAGGAAAAAAACAGGCGGCGGGAAGGAAGAAGAGGACGCCGAUACACGCGGUCGUGAUGGUGCCGUGAGUUAA